AUGAAGGAAAACUUGGAAAUCUUUGCUGCAAAGAAGCAGAUAACUAAAGAAGUUCUUGAUGAGUAUAACCCACGUAGUUCUUAUUAUCGAGAACGUGAAGAGAAAGUGUAUAGAGAUUUGGGCGAAGAUGAUGUUCAAGAAAUCAUCCCUCCCAAUUCUAAAGGAAAGGGUGUUAGUAAAGAAGUUAUAGAGAAAUGUGAUCUCACUAUAUCGAAAUGGAUGAUUGAUUUGUGUAUUCCUUUCAACGUCGUAAAUUCUGUGAACUAUCAACAAAGUAUAGAUGUCAGCAUGGGUCCUAGCUAUAAAGGCCCGAACUUUCACAGUUUUCGUGGUUAUUUGUUGGUUAAAAAUGUUGAGGAGGUACAGAGUUAUGUUGAAAGUUAUCAUUUAACAUGGAAGACAAUUGGUUGUACAAUUAUACCAGAUGGAACACUACUCUUAAAAUCCGUAGAUGCUUCAGAUGAAUCAAAAAGUGCUGACAUGUUAUACAAGUUAUUUCUAAAUGUUGUAUUAUUUGUAAGUUCAGAAUAUGUAGUCCAUAUGGUGACGGAUAAUGCUGCAAAUUAUGUUGCUACUGGUAGGUUAUUGGGUCAAGAGUUUCAAACAUUAUUUUGGUCUCCAUGUGCAGCCCAUUGCACUAAUCUAAUGUUUUAUAAUAUUGGUAAGCUUGAUGAAUUUACCGGAAGAAAGGAAAUAUUUCGACUUGCUACUACUCGUUUUGCCACUAACUUUAUUGCUCUACAAAGCAUAUUGGCACAAAAGGAUCCAUUAAGAGCAAUGGUAUUGUCUAGAGAAUGGACUUUAUCAGCAUAUGCAAAGGAAAAGUGUAUUACUAUUGUGCAACUUACUGAGCCCCUCGUUCGUGUUCUACGGAUCGUUGAUAGUGAUGAAAAGCCUUCGAUGGGCUACUUGUAUGAAGCUAUUCUUGUGGUAAAAAGACUUUUAGAUGUAAUUGAGAGAGAUGUUUAUGAUCAACCUGAUGUAAUAAUCAAAUUAACUAGUGAAAUGAGACUAUUUAGGCAAGCACAUGAUGAAUUACAUUUUGAUGAUCUUGAUCUUGAUUGUGAUGGAAAUGAUAAUAGAAGUGAAACAAAUAAUGAAAACGAGGAUUUUAGUAUGACUGAGACUCCAUCAUUGAUGUAA